AUGUUUUCCGCAGCACUCCUCCUCGGCGCCGUCGCCACUCUCCUCGACACCGUCUCUGCCCAUGGCUUUAUCAACAGCGUCAGCACCAACGGAGCGUCCACCAAAGGUUCUGAUCCAUCGUGGUACUACUCUCCCGCGAACUCGAGGCCUCAGACUGCCGGCUGGGACUCCCUGAACCAGGAUAAUGGAUUCGUCGAGCCCGCUGCGCUUGGUACGGACGAUAUCAGCUGCCACAAGAGUGCAACCGCAGGCAGGCUCUAUGCCAACGUCGCUGCUGGCUCUGUGCUCACCUUGUACUGGAACACCUGGCCAGAAAGCCACAAGGGACCCGUCAUCAACUACAUUGCUCCCUGCAACGGUGAUUGCACAACCCUCACCCCUGGCUCUCUUCGCUGGAGCAAGAUUUCCCAAGCCGGUCUGAUCACCCCUGGCGGCACCGGCACAUGGGCUACCGACAACCUGAUCAAGACCAACUUCACCUCGACCACCACGAUCCCCAAGAACCUCAAGGCCGGCAACUACGUCAUCCGCCACGAGAUCAUCGCCCUGCACAGCGCUUCGAGCGACAACGGCGCUCAGUUCUACCCGCAGUGCCUGAACUUGAAGGUAACGGGAAGCGGCUCCGUCGCUCCUUCUGGAGGCGUUGCUGGCACCAGCCUGUACAAGAGGACCGACGCCGGUAUCCUGUUCAACCUCUACAACAACCCCACAAGCUACCCGUUCCCUGGCCCCGCGCUCUGGACUGCGGCAAACUAA